CAUCCACAUCUCUGUUUUCCUCUGCUUUCCUCUGUUCCAUUCUAAACUCCAAUGGCCGUCUCCGGCUUCGAAGGCUUUGAGAAACGCUUGGAGCUUCAUUUCUUUGGCGAUGAUUUUCAACUUGGUCUCCGAAAGAUAGACUUCGAAUCAAUACAAUUAGUCCUCGAACAAGUCCAAUGCACCGUCGUCUCCGCCGUCGGCAACGCCUACUUCGACGCCUACGUUCUUUCGGAAUCAAGCCUCUUCGUAUACCCAACAAAGAUCAUAAUCAAAACAUGCGGAACAACCCAACUUCUGAAAUCAAUUCGACCCUUGAUCUUCUAUUCACGCCUCAUAGGCCUCACACUCUGUUCAUGCCGUUACACACGUGGCACCUUCAUCUUCCCAAAGUCGCAGCCUUUUCCUCACACCAGCUUCAAAGACGAAGUCACUUACUUGGAAGACACAAUCCCUUCCAACCUCUGCUUCAGAAAAGCUUCCAUCAUGCCUUCCAUGUCUUCUUCUCAUUCAUGGCAUGUUUUCACUGCCACCAUUGACCACCAUGACCAAGACAAUGAACUCUUCACCAUGGAGGUCUGCAUGACUGACCUUGACCCCAUCCUCGCUAGGAAGUUCUUCCGCCGACCGGACGAUGGAAAAACCGGUCACUCUGCCGGAAAAGAGAUGACGGAGCUGACAGGGAUCAACGACAUAAACGCCGACGCACUCGUCUGCGAUUUCGCCUUUGAUCCCUGCGGUUACUCCAUGAAUGGCAUGGAUGGUGAUUGGUAUUCCACCAUCCAUGUCACACCUGAGGAUGGUUUUAGCUAUGCCAGCUUUGAAUGCGUUGGUUCCGUUAACGCCAACAACAUAGGACAUGUUUUGAGGAAGGUGGUUCAGAUAUUCCGACCGGGUACGAUGUCGGUUUCUACGACGUGCAGCGGUUACAGCAAUGAGAUGUGGAAGCAGAUGGUAACUGCGGUUGAGCCUUUGGGAUUCAAAUGCCGGAGUUGCGCAAUGGACCAGUUCCCUGCAGCAGCUACUGUUGUCUUUCAAACGUUUACGCCUCGCCGGAAAAGUACUUAGAACAAGAUCGAUAUCAUGCGGCGGCCGGCGACGGUCACAAUGGUGGUGGAUGACAAAGAUGGUAGGUUAGGAAGUUAGAGUUAGUUGAAAAAAAUUUAGAGGAGUUGGGAUGGGGUCGUGACGUGGCCAAAUCUGAUUGGUUUAUGACGGUUGAUGUUGGAUUUUGACUUAAUUUGUUGGUUUUAAAAAGAGAAAUAUUAUAUGCGCUAUUUUUGUGUAUAUCUUCUAUUUUUUUUAUACAAAAACAAUUGAUAAAAUUUAAAAGAAAAAAAAUAGAAGAUAUUGUACACAAAAAUAUUAUUUCUCUUUAAAAAAUGAAUUAUAUAAAAAGUGGGAUAAUGUUAUGACUUAUGAGUGAUGUAUCAAGUUAAAAAGCUAAGAUAGAGGGUGGGUUAGGGAAUUUACUGAAUGGAAUUGAAUUGAUCUGAACGAAUAGUAUCAUGAAGAAAUGGGAAUGGGAAGGUAGAGAGAGUGGGAUGGGGUUGAUCAUGAUAAUGCACCCCACUUUGGCUUGUCACGCCUAAAGAUUUUUGAGACCAUAUGUGUAGUGGGUGUAAAAGUGCUCUUGUUUGAGGUUAUAUUCAACCUUUCUUUUCUUUUUAUUUAUCUUCUUUUUUUCUCUCCUGCAGUCCUGCUUCUACAUCUUGUAGUUUUCAUUGACUUUCCUCUCUUGUUUUUUAUGCUUUUUUUAAA